UUAGAAGUAGACCCUCAUAUAUUCAGAUUCCAAGAUUUUGAAACAUCGCCAGAUUCCUUCUAUGAUUAUUCACCAAGCCUUCGAGAAAACGCUGUCCCACUAAUCAUUGACAAUGGUAAGUACAGCUCUACUUCUAAUUUACUUGUCAAUGUGUAUCUAGUUUUUUUCAAAGGUAUCUGCAAAAUAGCAGAAAAUAAUGUGACUUUCAUUUUGCUACAAGUUUACCCCAGAUGCCAUUAUCACACAGACAGUACUCAAAAGACACUGGUAUUAUCAAAGAAUUAUGAUCAAGACUCUUUAAUAGAGCAAAGUAUUGUGUUAUUAUAUUUUUUCUAAAAAAAGUCAAGGGUAAAUUCAAGAGAUCUCAGUAAACACCUACAAUUAUUACCACACCACAGUAUUGUUACAGUAACCAAAUUUAGCUGAGACAAGAUUAAUAAGAGAUAUAAAGAUUUGUGGACAUUUCAUGUCAGAAGAUGUUCAAAGAAAGAUUUUUAAAGACGUUCCAAAGAUGUAUGAUGUCAUUUGGAAAGUUUCAAAGUUCCCAAGAAGGCUACAGUCAUGACAAACUGACCAAGGAAAAUUGACGAAAAUUACUUCUUCUUGGCAUUCAGACUGGUGAUAAAUAAUUUGACUGGUGAUAGAUCGCCUUUGCUGUCAAUGGCGCAAUUUGGCUGUGGGAGGUUGUCCCUUGUCAUGAUUUCAUUUUAUGCUCUGUUGCUACUUUUUGCGCCAUGUCGCUUGUCGGAAUUUACCCUGGCCGGACCUCUAUACGGCAAGCAUACAUUAGGGAUCAAACCAUACCUCAAGUGGUCACCUACAGGAGGAUAACAACAAUAGAGACUUCUAAAACCAUUAGAUAGUACAAAAAAGGGACCAUGGUUGUAUACGAGAGGUGCUCAUUUACAAGAGGUUUAAACUGUAGUGAUUUACUGGGAAAAUUUUGGUGUUUUGAAUAGGUGAUCACUCAUGGCAGCUGGUUACUUACAAGAGGUGUUCGCUUCAAGUUUCAACUUUAUUGGAGAUUUUGGUCAAAUCACAUGGAAUUUUCUUUCUUUGCACUCAUUGUUUUAGCCUAAUUCACUUAAUAAACGUUGUCAGUUAAGGCAGUUAUAUUUUAGUUAAGAUUUCCUGUUGGACUGAGAAACUUGGCAACAAGCGUAAGCUGGAGUGAGAAGGAAGUUACCUGCAGCUGUGAGACUUAUACCUUAAACAUUAAGAGUUGACAGGUUUUCAAUGCUGACUCACAGUAAAUAUUAUUUUUAAUUUGGCUUUCUUUCCGUUGCUACUUAGGUGGCCACUGUUGUCGAGCUGGUUGGGCCAUUGACAAUAAGCCAAGACUAAACUUCAGAAACUUGGUUGCAAAAGCAAGAGGAAAGAAGGUAUACAUGUAAAAGAUCUUUUUAUGUUAAAAUAUUUUCUUUCUUUGUAACUGUGAAGCCAAAAGUUGUGUGAAUUCUUGAACUAUUAAGGAAUGAUUACUAGGGCACGGCAAAAUGGUAAAUUAGCAAUUAAGACUUGAGAGAAGUUACCACCUUAAAAUGUUUCAAAAACAAAAUAUGUAAAUUAGAUAUAGUUACACUAAUGGAUAAUGGAUGCAAGUGUUGUCAUCUCUGCAAUUCAUAGACACAUUUGUCAUACUGUAAAUAUUGUUAAUGUCAUUAAUUUUUUUAUACCUGCACUUAUACGUAAAUAUUUUUUACUUUAAUUUAUACUUAUUUAUUUUGUGUCCCCUAAUUAGCAUAGGUUUUUAACCUAAGCUAGGAGGCUUCUUUAGACACCUUAAUAAAGUUUCAUCAUCAUCAUCAUCAUCAUUAAGACCUAAGAACAAACCACUAAAAAAAUUAUACUUACUCGUAACUACAUUACUUGUACUGUUUAUUGACGACGUAUUUUGGAUUGUUUUUUUUUUACUCAUAAAUGUUCACAAUAACGUUUCAGAAAAUGUUGUGAUAUGAUUUUUGUUUUCAUAGCCUAUGAUAAUCAAUUAAUUUUAUUGUAUAGUCUAAAAGUAGGUGCCUUUCUCCGAAUGUCUUUGCCUAAAUUUGUUAUUGUAACAGUUUAUUAUCAGAUAUUUUGCUAAUUUACUAAUAACAUUUUUCUUUAGGAUAGUGACCCUUCUGCUAAUAGCGUCUGUGUAGGGAAUGAUAUCGGCAAUCUUGAGGUAGUCAGAUGGGCUCUACGCAGUCAAUUUGACAGAGAUGUGGUCACAAACUAUGAAUGCCAGGUACAUUAAAUUUCAAGUGAUGUAUAACUGCUUUUUACAAAAAAAUGUAUCUCUCUUAAUUUUUUUUUUGUUUCAUAUGGGAGCUUAUAACCAUUCAAAAUACCAACAACUUUGUUUCCAGUUACGCUGUAGUUAUUUAUCGGCCGAGGAAGAUCUUUUUUGACAAAGUUUUGGCAUGGCAAGUUUAAAAUGUUUAAAAUAAAGAAAACUGAAGAGAGUUAUCAGUCACGAGACUGAUACUAAAUAUGGGUACAUUUUAGCACACACCUUAAAGGUGGAAUUGAGACCCUUUGAAUGGGUAUUUCUGACAAAAUCAAAGUUGCGAUGAGAUCACCAUUUAUGCUGCGCAUUGAGUUUUAGUUCAAUUUCUGUCAAUGCUAGUUGUUGCAAUGACUGCAAAAAUUUACCCGCUGAGGACAUUUUCGGGAAAAAGUCUGUGACUCAGCGACAGAAAUUCCAUACUGAUGAUGUAAAAUCUGUCCAUUCAGAGAAGCGCUGAUUUUUUGUUUUGCUUAUUUUCUCUUUUCUGUCAUCAUUGUGGUUGCACUGAGCUUGCUAGUAGCAUUCCUAUGAAUAAGUCUUUCUAGAAGAACAAUUGGGUUUUUUGCUCGUACACUUUACCAAAAUCAACCAGAAGACAACGCAAAAUUAGGCAAAUUUAUAAAACCAAUGAUUUGAUGGUAAAAAUUUGCGUCAUCAUUAUGGAACUUGAAAUCAACAUCUGCAGAAAUAUCUCAAAAGAGGCCCGGAUGUUUUUCAGGCUUGAAUUGCAGGUCAACAUAUAUCCAAACCUGUAGUUGAAUUUUCAUUACAAACCUGUAUUUGUGUUGAUCGUUAUUAAUUAAAAAUUAUCAUUGAUGAAUACAUUGUACUAUAAAAUGAAUGAAUUUAAUCCCUUCAGGAGCAAGUCUUUGAUCACAUCUUCAGUCGCCUUGGAAUCAACACACUGGGAAGUGUCAACCAUCCUAUUGUUUUAACAGAACCAGUAUGCAACCCUAACUACUGCCGACAAUGUAAGUUAUCACUGAAAUGAUAAUAUUAUGAUUUGUGUUGGAGGAGCAUGUAUCCAAAAUAAAGCUCACAAUAUUUCAAUCACAAGCAAGACUUUGUCAAUAAUAUUUCAAAAAGAUCCAGGCUGUCCUCUAGUUACCGGUAACCAUUGAAUAGUCUCUGAUAAUAUACCUGCGUAUAAUGCGCACCUUAAAUUUUGAAUUCAUUGUGAAAAAAAAAAACAAAAAGAAAAAAGAAAAAACUUCAGGCAAUAGAAAGGAAAACUCUUUCUGUUCAUCCUCUUGUUUUACUCUUGGUAUUUACAUUUAAUAAUUUCAAAGAAUAACUCUGAAUUCAUGCAAAAUAAAAUGGCAGGUUUGGAUUGCUGUUUACCAAUAGAAGGAAUAAUGAUGCUUUCCUAGUUUGUAUUGUUUGCUUGGAAACCAGGCACCAGUUGUCGGGCUAACUUUUACAUACCGGUAUUUAAUUUUUGGGACCUUAUUAAAAGUAAUGGCAAAUUGAGAAUCAACACUGGUUAAAAAAUUUUAACUUUAAUUUUGUAACAUAUAUUCCUCUAUAGUUCAAACAGAGUGUUAUUGUGGCAUAUAUGCAUAAUUCUGCAACAAGGUAUUGAGUAUAAAAUUAAAAUUUAAUUUCAGCCAUGUCAGAGCUUCUGUUUGAGUGCUACAAUGUUCCAAGCGUGGCAUAUGGUAUUGACAGUCUUUUCAGUUUGUACAACAACAUGUCCAGUUCAGGUGAGUUAAUUCAAUGUUGCCAUGGUAGAUGUCUGUAUGUAGUCAUCCUUCUUUCCUCAGAGCCAUGCAUGGUUCAUCCUCAUAAGUUUUUCACCUCCAUGUUUUUGUCUCAAAAGAAAAAUUAGACACUGCUCAUGGCCUACCAUGGCCAGAAAAAGGUGGCAGUUGGUUUCAGUGAUCUUCUUCAAUUUUGUCCAUCCAUGCCUUGUUUGAUGUUUGUUCAUGUUUUAAGCAGUAUCUUCUACUGUGAAACUCACAACACCGUGAACACCAGAAAGACUAUUCUAUAGAAUGUUAUUGUGUUGUGAGAAAAUAGCCAAUAAGGCAUGAGAUAACUUAGCCUGUGAACACAGACAUAUUUCUAGUUGUGGCUUCUAACCACACAUUAUUUUUCAGGUGCAGAGAAGCAACGACCGGAAAUACGCCUGUGUUCUCAGACUAGAGAUAACUAAACCGCAAGCAGUUAUGGUGAUUAGUUUGCGGUUUUGAGGUGUCCUGAACUUGUGAUUGGUCACUAUACAAUCAACAUUCUUGAAAUUUUACAGGUGUUCACGGUUUUCUGAGUCUGACAGCAUGUUUCAUUCAAUCUCAUGGCAGUUCCCAAUGUUUUUAAUUUUGAUAAAUUAUUUCAUUACGCACUACAGAUAAAACCACUGCUCUGGUUGUGUCUUCAAGUUGUCAAGUCAGUCAUGUACUUCCAGUGGUGAAUGGAAGACUGGAUGCUGGCAACUGUAAAAGGUAUUGAAGAAUACAAAAAUACCUUAGAAUUCUAUAUAAUUACCCAGAACUUCUAAAAGGUCCCAUCCAGAUGUCCAGGGGAAGUAUGUAGAUCCUGUUGCUGUGCAAAGUCAGUUUUUAAGAUCACCUCUCUGAUGGGUAAGGCUUCAGGCAAGUCAACCAAUCAUCUUGUAUCUAAAUUAUAAGACAAUUAAGCCAUUGGCCAUUUUCAUAAUGACAACAUUUGACUACAACUAUCAGAAUUCAUUUCAGUUUUGCUUUCUUAUUUAGAUUUGUCAAUGUUGCAGAGGUUUAAACACUAAUAGCCUCAGUUUGCACAAGAAAGAACAAAGAAAGAACAAACUGGAGGAUUCUGGUAGUUGCUUGCCCUGAGUAAAGGACAAACUGAAAUUCAAGAUUUUUUCAGGAGAGGUGGGGAGGGGGAUUGGAUUCCUUAACCCUUUAUGUAAUCAUUUUUAAAAAAAUUGAUGUAAUGCUUUGGCAUAUCAGAAUUUCACAGCUUUAAAAGUUGCACCAUUUGUGGUUGAAUGAUGAUUAAUGGUCUGUACAUGUAGGAAUAAAAACGACAUUUUUGUUAAACUAAGGUAAAUUUAUUUCUUUGCUUUGUGAAAUAAAGGAUUAACCUGGGUGGUUCCCAUGCAACGUGGUUCAUGCAGAGACUAUUACAACUAAAAUACCCACAUCAUGCCACUCAGAUAACGCUCACUAGAGCACAGGUUAGUGCAUCUUUUCAUUUUUUAUGGGGGAGUGAAAGUAGAAAUAAGUGAAAAACAUAUAGCGUAAAUUACUUGCAUGAUACGUAAGCAGUAUCUUCGCCUGUAUGGGGCUCAUUUGGAGUCUACCAUAGUGGCUAAAUUUGGCUUAAGUUCAUGAUACAGCUCUUUUUAAUAGCCUUAUGGUUUUUAACAUACUUUAAUGACUUGUUUUGAAGGGGAAUUGGAAGGCAACGUGGGCCUUAAAAGUUAUUAUUUUUGAACUACAUCCUAUGCUGUUGUUGUCAUUUUUUAAUAAAACAAAAAGAAAGAAAACAGGUUACGUGUUUCUGUUAUUCAGUUCACUGGCUCUAAAUAAGCACUGCCCUCAAAUAAUAGCCGUACUGACAAUUCAAAGAAUAGAAUAAGGGAAGCUACACUAUUUCAGAAGCAACAACGGAGGAUUUGAGUGGGAGGAGCCUACAGUGGGUUCAACAAUAGUAUAGUUAAACUGCCCGUGAAGCAGCGUGGCCGAGAGCUUAAUUAGAACGCUAGACGUGUAAUCUGGAGGCCCCGCGUUCAAGUCCCGCCCAAGGUCAAAUCCUCUGCCGCGCUUGUGAAUAGCCAACUGGGCUGCAUCCUACCAGUUGCGAUUCUUGUCCUUGUUACAUGUAUGUUCCAUUUGUUUUAUUUGUUUCAUUAUCCGUGAAAAGCGGAGAACCUUUUAAGUUUUUUUCGAUCUAAUUGCCUACUAAUCUCACUUACAUGUAUGUCCAGAAAUCAACAUUGCCACUUGUCAUAGCCCCCUUUGCCAUUUCAUUUGAAUUUUUGCUAACACUUUGGCAAAUCUUCACCAAAUUCGCCAUUUUCGCCAAAUUCACCCUAUUCGUCCUAAGGCCUAGCCUGUGUUUUUUUUCUGAGGGAGGGGGAACGUCUUUACACAGGCUACCUAAGGCCCCUUCGCCAAGCCAUUUGAAUAUUAGCCAAACUUUUACAAAUUUUCGACAGAUUCGUUAUUUUCGCCAAAGCGUGCAUUUCUUGGAAUAUCUUACUGUUCUUGUUGUAGGAAUUAGUGCACAGUUACACAGCUAUGGCGACAGAUUACUCGAAGGAGCUUGAGGAGUGGGCAUCAUCAGAUUAUUAUGAUGAUCAUGUUUAUAAAAUUCAGCUGCCGUAUGCUCAGGUGGGUGUACUAUCUUGUGAUAAGAGCACAAUUAUAGCAAAAAUAGCUUAGUGGCCAAAUGGCGUUUCCAGUAGCUUUCUGUUUUUUGAGGCUAGUUGGUUCGUUUUCUCGACAUUAAUCCCCCGGGGGUACUUUAGGAAUAUCUGGGUGGUGAUGUGUCGCUGGGACCCUGGAACCCUUAACCUAUACUAGAGCUAGUUCAGCUGAAUUUUGCUACCCUAUACUAGAGUAAACUCCCCAAAUCCCCCCUAUCCUAGAGUAGCUGUUUUCCAGAAACUACUGAGGUCACUAGCACAGUCUAGCCAAAACAAACCUUAUACCACAAUCCCUAGUCUACAUAAAAUCUUCAACCAACUGAUCAGUUUUCUGAAAAAUGAUACCCUAUUCUAAACCCAAAUGCUCUGAUUUAUAUACCCUAUCCUAGAGUAAACUGCUUGACAACCAUACCCUUCACAGCGGCACAUACUUAUAUGGUCUAUAUAUGGCAGUACCCCCCCACCGGGAUUAAUCCGUCCUCGUGAAAAUGGUUCGUUGUGCAUUUUGGACGCGUACCUUGCUACACAAUUUGGCGGGUACUUUCUUUCGCGAUUUUGGUGGCACAAUACAGUAUUUCCCGGGGUUUUACUUUUGCGAUUUCAAUAGGAAAAAAAAGAACAAAAGGGCAUUAAAUUUCGAAAUUCAAGCAUUUUAAACUUCAUUUUACUUGAACUCUUUAAGAUUUUAAGAUAAGGGGCUCGUAGGAACCUAGCGAUUCAGAUGGAGAUGAUACAAAUACAGAUACAAAUUGGAACUUACUAGUAAAAGCAGUUAAUGUUUGGGGACAGUGUGUUCGUCGAUACAUAUCCUGUUAUUGUUAUUACAUUUUUUGUUCUGUGAGUUGAAUUUUCUAUAUGUGUUAAAUGUCGCGUGUCUAAAUUUCGCGAGGAUGUUUAUUCGCGGGUCUUUAACUUGGCGAUUUUUUUUACAAUUGCGAAAAACGCCGCGAAAUUACGUACCAAUAGGGUAAUCCGUCUGAUUUAAUCUGCUGUUUAGUCCGUCUAUUUUGACUGAUUUUAAAAGUUUCUAUACGUACUUCACUAAAUCCUCUUCAAAAGUAGUCAUAUCACCAGUGUAAAAUGCGAUGUUUGGAACUAAGGUGUGUAUCAUGCCGGGCGAAUCACAUAGGAUAAUACUUUGGCGAAUUUCCUAAAUAGUUGCAUAGAGGAGGGAAAACUUGCCACAUUUCAUGCAAUGUUUUCUGCACAGGUUUCCCAAGUCUCGGACUCAUGACCCCGAAAUCUGCUUACUAUUUUUGAAGGUUAAAUUUUGCCAGAUAAUUAUAAACAAUUUCGCAAUAGUUGAACUGCAAUGGGAGCGGGUACUGUCGAACAGUAAAACCUCAGAAAUUCUAAAGCAUUUCUUCUGAACAGGCUCAGGCACCUCAAACCAACGGCCCCAAGAGUGAAGAAAAGGAAAAGUUGAGAAGGCAGAAACAGGGGAGAAGACUACAAGAAAUAAAUGCGAGAAGAAGAGAAGAAAAGGUUGGAUUUUUGUACUUGAUCUUUCGCAUUUAUAACCCCCUUUCUCCAAAACGCGUGAGGGUUUAUUUAUAAAACUCUAACCUAAAUGACCAUGGUCUUUAGUGUGGCCGGUAAAUUUUGUAACGAAAUUGAUAGUGAGAGGGUUUAAUUGCCAUUUAGAUUUGUCGUAGGGUGACAAAGCAAUCAUCGAAACAGUGUGUUCUGAGAAAAUAUGUGUGGAAUGGCACAUUUUGAUACUUUAGGACGUCCCAGAUUCUUGUUUCGCGAAUAAAUGACCAGGAGAUUUCAAUGUUUAAUAAUUUUCUCUGCUUCGCGUUUUCUUAGUUUUCGUUUUAUUGCCGAAUGUGGCUUGACAAAAAGAUCCGUCGAUUUAGAUAACAGGAAGAAAAAAAUAUUUCUGAACAAAUCCUCACUUUUUUUCCGAACGAAAUGAGAGCUUCUUAGAAUGCAAACGGAAAAACGAAAGCACAAGAAAAUGGUGGGAAAAUCAUAACCAUAUGGUUCUCUCUUCGCGUUUUCUUAGUUUUCGUUUUAUUGCCGAAUGUGGCUUGACAAAAAGAUCCGUCGAUUUAUAUAACAGGAAGAAACAAAUAUUUCUGAACAAAUCCUCACUUUUUUUUCCGAACGAAAUGAGAGCUUCUUAGAAUGCAAACGGAAAAACGAAAGCACAAGAAAAUGGUGGGAAAAUCAUAACCAUAUGGUUCUUUCAGCUGCUCGUGUCUCAGGCCGUAAAAGUGAUGCGUCUUCCCCAUUUUUUUCAGCUUGUGGAAGAAGAGGAAAGACUACAAGAUCUAAUGAGUAUUCAGGCACUGGAACUUUCAAAUAACAAGGAAUUCCAGGUGAAAUACUUCAGACAGUGACACUUCACGUUGAUUAUCUUUGAAUAAGGAUUCAUAAUGUUUUUUAAGCACUUCAGUUGAAAGAGUGCAAAUGUAGGUGAUUAACUUGUUGUGAGGAAUUCUUAAAGGGCAGUUUUUUGUUUACAGAUAUCACUAACAGAGGCAGGCUUCCAGAGUUCUGAGGUAAAUAUCGUAUUUUUCUAUUCUUUAAGUUAACUUUUCAAACUUUCUGAGAUCAUGGUAUCCAGAUCGAUGCCAAGGGUCGAGAAAAAAUGCUUAAUAUCUUACUUGUUUCGUAUCGAUAGAAUAUCGAUUGAAAAGCCGAUGUUGGUCAAAAUCUGUGAAAAGAAUCACUCUGACCAAUCACAUUGGGCAGUGACAAACUAAUGAACCAAUUAACAGUUUCUAUUGCAAGUAGUUGCAGCGAAACGCGGGGAAAUGGGUCCGCGCCAUUCGCGAGCAGUUGAUUGGUUAAAAAAACAGGUGCGAGAUUUUUCAGCUUGUCAGAUAACAUGGCGGCGAAAAAGCAAACGAAUUGCAAAAUUAUAUUCGAUUCUGGAGUCCUGCUUGUAUUUUUCCAAGGAAUGGUUAGUGCGUUUAGUUUCGGACGAUUAGUGACCACUCAUAUGUUUCGUUUACAGAUAACCUAGGACUGAAUCUAGUCAGUCUUCGAACAAAUCGGCCCAGAUCUGAAAAUCUUUUUAAUAAUUCCUAAAGUGAACGCUUAUACUGUAUUUUUUGUUGUUGUUCACUUUUAAUGACAGGCUUUGCAAUCCGCCAUAAAGAAUCUGACGACGUCUAUCCGAAAACGAAAGGAAAAGAUUGUAGCCAUGCAAACAGCUUUGGAACUGGACUCUGAGGUGAAAAAUCAAUUUAACAUCAUUUCCGAGUUGUUCCAAGCCUUUGUUUUGCAAAGCUAAUGAUAUGAAAAUCAUUAUUUAUUCUCAUGCAAAUAAAACUGAUUUACACAAAAAAGGUUUUUUGCACUUACCCUUGUUUUGAAAGUGAAAGUUUUGGAAAUGGCCCAUUGUAAUGUUACCGAAGGCUCUUAGGACCGAUGACAGAGCGAUUUUCGUUUGACCUUGAAAUGAAAACGCGCGAACAGAACAGAAACAACAAACGAACGGAAAUAGAGCGAUUUUUAUUGGUUUAUCGAACGGACACAAACGCGCGUGGCUUUUGGUUGGUUAAGCGAACGCUCGGGUGAAAAAACUUCAUGCCCGAGAAGUUUCUAGAAAUCAAUUGAUACUUCGCUUUGACGUCAUACUGCAACACGAUUGGCCAAUCGAACAAUGCCUUCUCUAUAUUAGGGUUUUCUUUGGCGGGAAAACGAAGAGUUCAUGUUUUGAUCUUUUCAUCCAUUGGCUAAUAAAAAAAAUAACGAACACUUACCGAAACCAUUUUUUAAAGUCAUACGAAAACCGUUGUAACAACUCUGACUGUUCCAUUUUGCGUUCUUAGGUCAAAGAAAAAGAUGAAAUCAUUGAUGUGGUAUCUGAGCAGCCGGUUGAGAGCAAAAAGAGGCAGCGGACUCCCAAAGGAGGAGCAGAGGAUAAAAUUGGGAAAAGGUUAAAGGAGGAGAAAAAACAAGAGUUACAACAGCAGAAGAGCCAGGAGGAAAUACAAAGAGAGGAAACGUUUAAAACGUGGCUGUCGGGAUUACACAGGAGACGAAAAGUGAGCUGAAGGAUAACACACGUUGACAACUUGAAUCAUAUCUAGACUAACUAUGCUAAAUAAAACAUCUGACAGCAAGAGUCACUUUACUUACCUCUGCUGUAUACCUUACGCAUGCGCUGUUACAUCUCAGCAACUCACAGAGCGUUUCCACAUUCGCCACUUUAGAAACCAGAAGAAAACUGGGCCGCAAAGACUUCUGGGACUGUUACGAGGGACAGGGAAAAAAAUUGGCCAAUAGCUGACCGGCGCAUCCCUAGUAACUAUCCCAGAAACAAUUGCGGGACAUCGCGUCCGUCAUAUUGCUGUACCAAAACUAUAAAAUGGCGGCCAUUGUUGUGUUCCAAACGAAACACCUGGGAGUUAAACCGUUUUUUCGCGUAAAAAACCCCUCUCUUUUGUUUCAAUAAAUUUCAUUAGCUGCUACCCACGUAAGUGAAAACGCUUUGUUGUCACGAAGUAUAAACAUUAAGAGCGAAUGGUUGUGUUCUCAGAAUUUUUACCGCUUUUUUGUCUGUUUCAAGUCGAUGUAAAAGAGAUGUAUAGGGGUAUGUCCUUUGAGCUCCGUUUUUUUCAGGCAUAUGAAGACCUAUUUUCUUUUAUUUUUCCUUUGUCAGGAAAUACUUGAUGCUCGUCAGCAGCGAUCCCAGAGAAGAGAAGAAUUAGCAAGCAGACGGAGCCAUGCCUCCUUGGAAAGAAUGAGGAUUUUGUCGCAGCUGGCUUAUGAUCCUAAUGGUAGGUUACUAUGACUACCAGAAUAGUUUAGUCUGUGGAGUUUUUUUAUCCCGUUUAGGUACAUGCAUAUAUGAGUAGAUUGGACCAUAUAACAUGAAAAAAAAGGAGGGCGAAAUUCGGUAAUUUGAAAAUUGGAUUACGAGCACGAGAAUAAAUAAAUUGUCUGUAAAAUACUGUCCACUGGUUGGCGUAGUAAUUUAGACCACGUGAUCUAACCGUUCCUAAAUGCAGGAAGUAUAUUUAAAGUAGAAUAUGCUAUAGGUAGAUAUUCAUUCUUUUGAAUAACUGCUAAGACUAAGUUAGUGGAAGUUCAAAUGCACUGACAUCGUUUGGUUUACCAAAAAAGGCCUAAUCAACCUAGUAGUUCUUAUUAGAACGCGCCUCAAUUCGCAUGUUUUAUGUUUUGUACGAUUGUGCCUUCUUUUUUGGCAGUCCCAGAGACUGUGCGUCUCUUCAGACUCCAACUGCGUAGACUGUACUUUUGAAAAUAAUUGCUUUCAGUUACUGAACUAAGAUCACCAGCUUGUCGGUUUAGCAUAUCGCUGAGAAAGGACGUUGGGUCAUACUGCCCCGCGUACAUAAAUCGCAGCAUUUACAUUCGCCAUUUUCGCAUUUCCAUAAUGCACCUUGUUUGCUCCCCCUCCCCCCCCAAAAAAAAUUGCAGAGGAAAUGUCAUUAAUUUCUUCUUAUACGACUGUGAUGCUUAGGAUGAAUUAAAACAAAGGUUUGGCCAAAUUUGGGGGGACCAACAAGGUGUAUUAUGGGAAAUGCGCAAAUGGCGAAGGAAAAUUCAGUGUCGGUAUUGCAUGAGUUUACCGUUGAUAGUGACAGUGUCAUUUUUGUAGUUCGUGACGACGGUACGACACGAAGUACGCAUAAGAAACCAAAAGAAGAUACAUUUGGACAAAACGAUGAGGACUGGAUGGUGUACAGAUCCAUUGUGAGUCUGGAGUUUGUAUGAUUCGUAGUAGCACUAAUUAAAGGACGUAUGGGAUUAUAUUUACUCGUUGUUUUUGACAACUCGUGAAUAUAACCACGUACGCCGCACUUUCUAUGACGUAAACUAUAUGUAUUUCUCAGGAUACGUAACUAACGACAAACUCAACCAUGCCCCCAGGCCGGGCACGAGGUUGUGACAAACGGCGGUGGACAACUGCGCUGGUAAAAGGAAAACAAGCGAUGAAGGUGAAGACGACAAUUCUUGAUCUGCUUUUCUUGCAGAACAAAGAUGCUGGUGAUUCCGACAGUGAAAAAGAACAGGAAGAACUGAACGAGCUGGAGAAUUUACUAAAGAAACACGAUCCUGACUUUUCAAAGUAAGUCACGGGGCUAAAUUAGCGAUUUCCGAGUCCAUUUAUGGAGUUAUUUACUCAGGAUUUGCUACAAUUUCCGUUUACGAUCGUCCAUUUGCACACAGAAGCCAAAGUUGUCAGUAAGUUUGUUUCCGUUUACCGGGGAACUUUCAAGUCACGUGUUCAACACAUGGCAAACUGUUUUUUCGCAUGGCCAACUUUUUGCUUCAGCUAUCGUUAAUUGUUUAUGUCCACCCUAAAAUACCGUAGAAUUCCGAAAAUAAGCCCCGGGGCCUAUAUUUUUCAAAGGCCCUUUUUGAGGGGCUUUUAUGGAGGGAAAUUUGCGUUUCAAAAUCGAUUGGGCUAGCUUUUAUAGUUAGAGGGAAAUUUGCCGUUUUUGCUUUGUUUAUUUUGUAUUUGAGGGCAAUUUCCAAGUACAGGCCCCGGAGGGCCUAUAUUUGGAGGGGCAAUUUAACGGAGGGUUUUUUGCGUUACGAGUUUUGAGGGCUUAUAUUUGGAGGGGCUUAUACAUGGAAGGGCUUAUUUUCGGAAUUUUACGGUAAGUAGUUUCAUGUGUAGUCAGAUUCAGCUAUUUUCUCUAAAUAUUUUUAUUAUUAUUAUUUUCGUGUCUCUUUGCUGUUGUAGACGUUUUGGUGGCAAACCAGAAUCUGCUGUUGACUGGGCGGAAUAUUAUCAGCUCCAUCUUGGUGUCGAGAGAAUAAGGUAACUAGUUACGGUUGUCUCUCGUACAGCGCGAGUGGAACAGUUGCUCAGCUCCGCCUCGAGAAACCUUGAGAAUUUCGGGAAACAACAUUAAAUAUUACCCUUGGUACCAGUCAUGUUAAUGUCAUUUUGCCAAUAAACGAAAGCCUAGAAUUAAAGUACUGACAAAAACGCUCGAAGCACCUUGCCCGCUCAGUUCUAUCUCCUGUUAAAGUACCUGUCAAUUCGGCCCCUGGGUCGAAAUUGGCUUUGAAAUGUUUCUUUUUGUGGUCAGAAUAAGUGGUCAAGUGCCCCUAUGACGUCAAAUCCCCCUGAGUUACAAAAGUAAAUGGUCUACCGUAAAAGAUUCCAAAGCUGACGUUUCGAGGGCGAGCCUUCGUCAGAGCGAGUAAAGGGAUUGUGGGUUGUGUGAGGUUAGCAUAUCAUAUCAUGGACCACGCUUUUGGUUGCAACAUGUUAACAUGAAAUACAGGCAUACUGAAAUACCCUGUGUUAAAGACGUUCAUUGAUUUCGUGGUGAUUUGGGUGCCCCGUUUAAAAGGUAAAUUCCUGGUUGCCUUGCUGGACCGCGGAUUUUGGUGUUGUAAGAAAAUUUGUCUCACUCCCCCACUGACGCAGGGCAAACUGUUUACUUAUUGUUUUUGUGUUAUGUUUUUUUGUCUCAUUAUUUUUCCCAGAGUUCCUGAGAUCGUAUAUCAACCUUCCAUGCUUGGUAUUGAACAAGCCGGUAUUGCAGAAACUAUUGAUUUUAUACUUAACCACUUUUCGGCCGAUUUACAAACAGCAUUAGUGCAGGUACGAGUGGAAUAACGAAAUUUGUAACUGUUUAAUGUUACUAGUUUUAAACAUUGCCUAUCCAGCUUAGACGUCAGCACUUCCCAUUGAGUUUAGAUCGUUCGUUUAACUGUUUUAGGCAUUACUUUUGACUUCCGAUAUUCAGUUGAAAGGUGCUAUUUUACGAUAAUUAGUUAACUGUCGUCAGUCCAAAUGAAGACGAUCUUAAAACAUACGAUCUAAGAGAGAAUGAAGCACCACAGUGGAUACUCCAAAUUAGGUUUUCCAUUGAAACGGCUUAUUUUUAUCACAUAUAUAUAUGGCGUACGUUGCCCAUUACAAUAUUUCACACUUAACGGUCAAAUCAACGCGUAAUCCUUAUCACUGUAGAUGGGUGCUGAAUUCCACACUGAACUCCUUUCCUUACACAACUGAUGCUACUUGAUCCUUUCAAAUUUCUCAAAAUGUGUGUCCAAUUAAUGCAGUUCUUUGCAAUGAAUAUUAUGUUGGGGAAUUGGCAUGAGGUGUCCCACUGGAUUUUGGAGUAUCCAUUCUAAUCACAAAGUACGCGGCGGAGUCGGCUUCGAGCGCAAAAGGCCGCGUAACAGCACUUCCGUGAAUUGGGUUCAGUAUUUGGUAUUUAUUGGAAAAAAACGGAACUCGUUUACUUCCGGUGCGAGUGUUACUAGAUUUAAAGUGCUGCCAAGAAACUAGGAACCAUUAGGGUCGUGUACUGGUGCCUGCUCUAUAUAUCUCCACUUUUCGUAGAGAUAACAGUUGUGAUUCGAUGCUACAAUCUGUACUGACUCGCAUGUAAUUGCCUUUCUCUUUUUUUCUUCUAGAAUGUGUUUGUAACAGGAGGAAAUACACAAUUCCCCAACUUUCAAGAACGUCUGGAGAGAGAGCUCCUUGCUAUCCGACCGUUCCAAUCUACAUUUAAAGUUUUCACGGCAGGUUCGUUGAAUAUUUUGCUUCCCUGUCAACACAAU